CAAAAUACCACAUUUGCACGAACAUGAAAGGGAACAGUUGCGGGAAAACAUCGAUAAAAGUGCAUAUUUCAAAUUCAAAAAGAUUAAUAAGCAGAUUGAGGAGCAGUUACAGAAGGACAAACAGCUGCUUCGAGCAACUCAUCGGUUGCUGUUGCUCGGAGCUGGAGAAUCCGGUAAAAGUACCAUCGUGAAACAGAUGAGGAUUUUACACAUUAGCGGUUUUAAUGAGAAGGAGAAGAAGGAGAAAAUCAGUGAUAUUCGUAGGAAUGUCCGUGACUCCAUUGUGGUGAUAUUAAAAGCAAUGUCCGAAAUCGAACCGCCAGUACAACUGGACGAUCGUUCAAACGUGCCAAGCAGAGAUUAUUUAUUGUCAACUUCCUCUGAACCUGAAUUCGAUUAUCCUCAGGUGUUUUAUGACCACGUUAUGAAGUGCUGGACCGACCGGGGAGUACAGGCUUGUUUCGAGAGAAGUAAUGAAUACCAGCUUAUCGACUGUGCCAAAUAUUUCCUUGAUAAGGUUGGAGACAUUCGGCAAAAUGAUUACAAUCCAUCCGAGCAGGAUAUAUUGCGUUGUCGUGUAAUGACAACAGGUAUCUUUGAAACGAAAUUUGAAGUAGAUAAAGUACGAUUUCAUAUGUUUGAUGUUGGUGGGCAAAGAGACGAGCGUCGCAAAUGGAUUCAGUGCUUCAAUGAUGUAACAGCGAUUAUAUUUGUGUGUGCCAGUUCAUCGUACAAUUUAGUGUUAUGGGAGGAUGCGACGCAAAACCGACUCAAAGAAUCCUUGUCAUUGUUUAAAAAUAUUUGGAAUAAUCGAUGGUUAAAAACAAUCUCUGUUAUUUUGUUCUUAAAUAAACAGGAUUUGCUAACCGAGAAAAUCAAGUCAAGGCGGCAUCCGCUCAAGAGUUAUUUCCCAGAAUUUGCUAAUUAUCAGUUACCUGCAGACGUCACUUAUGAUGCAUCCGAUGAUCUUGAAGUUGUUAAGGCAAAAUAUUACAUCAGGGGAGAAUUUCUGCGAAUCUCGACAGCAGCCGGUGAUGGGCGGCAUCAUUGCUAUCCACACUUUACAUGCGCCGUGGACACCGAAAAUAUUCGACGUGUAUUUAACGACUGUAGGGAUAUUAUUCAACGUAUACAUCUGCGUCAAUAUGAACUAUUGUAG